UGCCAUCAUGGGAGUCAACAUCCGCCACAACAAGGACCGAAAGAUUUGGCACAAAGAGCCCAAGAGCCAGGACAUUUACCUGAGGCUAUUGGUCAAGCUGUACAGGUUUCUGGCUAGAAGAACCAACUCCACCUUCAACCAGGUUGUGCUGAAGAGGUUGUUUAUGAGUCGCAGCAACUGGCCGCCUCUGUUCCUUUCCCAGAUGAUCCAGGAAAUGAAGAUUCCUGGCUGGGAAAACAAGAUGGCAGUGGUCGUAGGGACUGUAACAGAUGAUGUGCAGAUUCAGGAGGUGCCCAAACUAAAGGUAUGUGCACUGAGUGUGAGCAGCCGGGCCCACAGCCACAUCCUCAAGGCAGGGGGCAAGAUAUUCCGCUUCAACCAGCUGGCACUGGACUCCCCCAAGGGCCAUGGCACCAUCCUGCUCUCUGGUCCUCGCAAGGGCCGGGAGGUACACAGGCAUUUCAGCAAGGCCCCGGGAACUCCGCACAGCCACACCAAACCCUACAUCUGCUCCAAGGGCCAGAAGUUUGAGGCUGCCAGAGGCCGGUGGGUUAGCCGUGGCUACAAAAACUAA